AUGGCAGGCCAGGCCAUCUACGUGCCUGCUGAUGACUUGACGGAUCCUGCUCCUGCUACCACGAUCGCGCAUCUGGACGCCACGCCACCACUGUGCUGUCUCGCCAGGAGGCCCAAGAAGGGCUCCAUCACGUCAGUGCAGGCGAUUUACGUGCCUGCUGAUACUCUCACGGAUCCCGCCCCUGCUACCACCGUCGCGCAUUUGGACGCUACCACCGUCGCGCAUUUGGACGCUACCACCGUCGCGCAUUUGGACGCUACCACCGUCGCGCAUUUGGACGCUACCACCGUCGCGCAUUUGGACGCUACCACCUUCGCGCAUUUGGACGCUACCACUGUGCUGUCUCGUCAGGUGAGCCAGUGUGUGUGCUGUAAGCUUCUAGUGGCUGGGUGCCCGUUUACAUGGCUGAGGUGUUUACUGGCUGGCCGUUUACCCUUCUCCCCUUAUCCUGUCUCUUCUCUGCACACUCGCACAACCCCCUACACCACCCUAUCCCCCUCACAGGGUGUGUUGGACGGCAAGUACGAUGAUCUCCCUGAGCAGGGACAGGCGUUCUACAGGGUGGGAGGCAUCGAGGAGGUGGUGGUGGUGGCCAAGGCAGAGAAGCUCGCCAAGGAGCUCAGCUCCUAG